AUGCGGUUCCCCUCCACGACCGGCUUUGCCCUGGCCCUCGCCAUCGGCGCAUCUCUCGUCGCGGCACUGCCCGGCGCUGCCCGCAACGGCACCACACUCGUCGCGCCCUCGAGCGCAGCAGACUGCAGCAAAGAGUCCAUCGCCAACUGCGUCGCCUCUACCGGGAGCAAUAGCACCACCUGCUUCGGACACCUGUGCGCCGGCCGAGAGCUGAAGAAGAUGCGCAAGCGCCAGGACGACCUGGAAUGCACCGAGGAGAACCUCCUCGAGUGCGCGGUCAUGGAAUGGCGGGAGGCGGAAGUUUGCUUCGAGGAGUUAUGCCUGUGA